AUGCCUAAAGGAAAGAGAAAAGGAAUUAGACGAGGGACUAGUUCCCGGCCAUCCAGUGAUGAUGAAAUGGAUACGCCAGACAACCAGAGUGUCAUCAGUUCAAUUUCUGAUGAUGGCUACUUUCAGCCGAUUGCUGAAGAAGGUACCAAUUACGAUGGUGAUUCUGGAGAAGUGGACGAGUCCGCCAACCAACAGAACUUUGAAGAUGGUAUAAGGGAAUGCAUUGAUGGACUCUGUGAGAAAAGCCAACAAACCCGUAUUAAUUCAUUGACGUUGCUGAGCAAAACCCUCUCAAUGAAGUACAUCUAUGACUUCCUUAUGAACAUCAAAUUCACAGUGGUUGAAUAUUUGACCCGCUGCCUAAAAAAGGGCAAAGGUGACGAGCAGGCUUUGGCUGCUCAGUGCAUCAGCCAUUUGUGUAUUCAGUUGGGGGAGGAUAGUGAGAACAUCUUUGAAGACCUCCGUGAAACGUUUCUUUAUAUGCUCAACGAUCAGUCGACACCUGUAAAAACACGUCAAAAGAAUUUUUUGAAACCUUGUUUAAGGGAAGCUUGCACAUUCAUUCUCAUGGAAAUCAAAAGAAAUGAUUAA